AUGCCGGCGUAUCACUCCUCGUACAAUGAUGAGCCGAAUGUACAGCAGAUUGCAGGUGUCGCUCUGCUCCCUAUACAUUCGCGAUCACGGGGCCCUGCCCCUCUUCCGAUCGAUCCAUCACGUCCCGAUAUUGUAGAUGAGGCGAUUGAUCUCUUCCGUGCCAACUCACUUUUCCGCAACUUUGAGAUUCAGGGUGCUGCAGACCGCGUAUGUGCUUUUAGCUUACUCCAGACACUCAUCUACCUGAUCCUCUUUAUUUCCGACUGUCUCACGCGCAUCGCCUCUGCACCCACUACAUGGUCGAAGCACGAGGCACAGAAGCAGCUCCUGUCCUAUGCUGUGGAUCACUUUGCACUCCCUGGAGAUGCAAACUUCCCUUUGACCUCGCUCUAUGGUGUUCCCGGUAGCCGCGCCGAAUCAGACACGCUGCGUCAGUACCUUGUGCAGGCUCGCCAAGAGACCGUCGUGCGUCUCUUGGACAAAAUCUACGUGGACAAUGUGCCGAGCCGCUGGUGGCUCGCAUUUACAAAGCGAAAGUUGUAUGUACCCUUGCCUGACCUCAGCAUGGGCAAGAGUCUCUCCUAG